CUUCUUUUAGUUUUGAAUUGUUUUCUAAACUAGGAUUAUUUUCUACUGUAUUUCAGGCUUCUAAAGUGGCAUCGUGGAGUAGUUGUAGGUAAUCAGACCAGUUUGGAUUAUAAUCUUUUCUUGCUCCUGUAGAAAUAAACUUCUUCGCUGCUAAAAGGAUUCUAAAAGGAUUCUUUUGACGAAAGUUCUAUCUGGGGAUAAUGGAGUUUUGUGUUCUGUAGGAGGUAUCGAUACAGAUGAGUAUCGGCCUGUGGUCACUUGUGGCUAGCUGCUUAUAACUGUGACAGCCUUCAUCGUAUAUCGGAAUUUGAAAUCGAGGGAAACAGGUUUAAGUUCAACAAAGUGUUAACCGCUGCAAUCUUUCAUUUCAUGAGAUCCAGGUUGAACUUGAUUGAGAGCAAAUCCGACACCGUGUCUUUGACAAACAUUUCCGCCGAGACAUUUCGACAUUUCCUAGAUACCAACAUUUACAAUUAUGGAAACGGCUUAUGGGGAUACGAACACCUGUCUGAAAUCUGGGAGACUGCACAUGUCCUGAAGAUUCCAUCUCUUAUAGAAAACUGCGAGACACAAGUCGGAAAGAUGAUCUCAUUAGAAACAUUUGAUAAGAUCUACGCAAAGGCAAAUGCUUAUCAGUCGAAUCGCAUCCUCUGCAAAGCAAGAAACUUUUUGUUACAUAUGUUUAGGCUCGUCCAAAAAAUUGGUCUGAUGCGAAUUUUAACCUUCGAAGACUUAAUAUAUGCAGUUGCCAGUGAAGAGCUUAGGAUCAAAAAUGAGGAUAUUGUCUUACGGUCCAUGUUUGAAUGGGCUGAAUAUAAUCAAAUGCAAUUGCAAGAAAAUCUGGUUGAAGUAUCCCAGAAAAAAACAAAAUUGGACAAUAGCGUGCCCUGCAAAGAAGACGUAGAAGGAGAUCCUAGUUCUAAGUUCUCAAAGCUAUUACGAGCAUCGAGAUAUGGCCUAGCAAGUGUUGAAUGUCUAGUGGAGCUCUCUAAACAUCAUCUGUGUGAGCAAGACAAAGAAGCAAAGCUUGUAAUUACAGAAGCCAUCAGCUAUAAACUAGAGAGACAUAUACAUGGCUAUUGGCCUCACUAUGCCUUACAUAGAAGCUGUCACGUCAGACACGUAGGAGUGUCAGCUAGUAAGGAUCAAGUCAGCGCUUUGGUCCUUGAAAUGGAUGAUUGGAAAGAUCUUCCUAAAUGUUCCCUCCAUGCAAAAAUAACAAAUUUGAGCAUUUUUGAUGACGAACUUUACGUGAUAAGCAGUUUGGAAUUUCAAAGUCUUCUCUUUGUUUUCACGAACAAAGAGUGGAAAUUUGUUUCGGAAAUAUCCGGAAGUGAUUUCAUCGUCCUGUCUAAAGGCCGAUGUAUUUAUAUCAUUGAUGGCAAAAACUGCAGGAUUAAAUGUGUCAUGCCGAAGACAACUCCAGUUCUUCACAGCGAGAUCAAGUUCCCUGACAUGAUGAGAAAUCCAGAGAGUGCUUUAGACUAUGACAAAAGUAUCUUGAUUUUCUGUUCCACUGACUCUGAUGAAAAGUUGGCAGUGAUUUCUUUAGACGUGCCUGAACAUAAAUGGACUGACUGUGGACAUCUUGAAGGAUCAGCAAAAAAUUUGGUUGGUUUUAGAAAUGAGACAAAAUAUUUCAUCUUACAAAGAGACGGAGCAAUAAGCCAGGUGCUAAGGAACCAAGAUGACAGUAUUGGCUUUAUAUUAAUAAAACGUCUGUGGUCUAUCCAGAAUUCGUUGCGUGGCGCCUUCAUCUACAAUGAUGUGCUUUACAUCUAUGGAGAUACUCCAAUUGAGCCUUCUUGUUUUCGAGCAGUUUCAGGCCUGUUCUGGAAGAUUGACUACUGGUUUGCAGAUCAAGAAACUAGUAACUUCGUUCACUGGUUUGUGCCAAGCGUGGAUUUGUGGGGGGAUGGAGCGUUAGAAAGAUCUGAAUCUUAUUACGAUUUUUAUUUUCUGCCAAACCCAAACAACGACCAGCGGGCCAUAUCUGGUCCUUGACGAAAUGAUAUUUCCGAUAACUGGAAACUGUCACCCCCGGUAUCUGCCGACACAGCAGAAGAUGGGUUCAAUUUUACUUUAUUAUUUUAAACGUUGAUGCACUCCAAAUUACAAGUGUUUUAUUACAAAGCUUAUGUUAACUCACUCCGUCUGUGUGGUAAAAUUUUGUACACGUUAUUUCUCCCACACCCAAUCUCGGAUUAAGUUGAAAUUUCGCACAAUUAUUUCUUUAGUCAGACAACACACGAAACAAUAAAAAAUUAAAAUUAA